UAUACAUUUAAAAAUAGACAUAAAACAUACAUAGAUACACACGAAUGUAUUUUGCUGAUUAUAGCACAUGUCUUCUUGCCUCGAUGGAAGUCAUCUUUCAGAAACAGUGGCUUCUUGAGGCCACAGAACAAAUUCCCGGACUUGGGGAAGCGUAGAGUCGUGCUCCGGGUCAGAAGGCGGAGGUCAGAGGGCAGAAUUGGCGGGAGAAUGGGUUUGUGGUCCACGAUCUGAGGCAGCGGUGGCUCUUCGAGGAGUAACAUGAGGGUUCUUUCUCUUCUGGAACUGACGAGACCAAAACAUAGGUAGUGCCAAAAGUGGUGACAGAAGAAAUCCUGGGAGAAAGUAUUUUUGCCUUGUACUUGGGACAACUGCUGGGCCCACCAUGGCUCCUGUAAAGAUUAGCCACGUGGUAUCAUUUUCCUCUCAGGAUCCUAAGUAUCCUGUGGAGAACUUGCUGAACCCACACAGUCAGAGGGGACCUUGGCUCAGCUGCCCUCAGGACAAGAGUGGGCAACUGAAAGUAGAACUCCAGCUGGAGAGGGCAGUGCCCAUUGGCUACAUUGACGUGGGUAACUGUGGCUCUGCUUUCCUGCAGAUUGAUGUGGGCCGUUCUUCCUGGUCCCUGGACAGACCUUUUGUCACCCUGCUCCCUGCAACCAUGCUAAUGUCCCCAGCUGACUCAAAGCAAGGGAAAAAUCGCUCAGGCGUCCGCAUGUUUAAAGAUGCCCAGAAGCAGAUGAUGCUCCUUCUGACGUUCAUGUUCAUCCUCAUGAUCAUCCUGACCGCCUUCCUUUGUGGUCUCAACAGCAUCUAUGUGCCCUACCAGGAGACAGAGCGGCUGGGCAAUUUCAACGAGACAUUCCAAUUUCUGUUCUAGACCAUGUUUGGUAUGGAGGAGCACAGCGUCGUAGACAUGCCUCAGUUUCUGGUGCCUGAAUUCGUGGGCCGGGCCCUCUACAGCAUCUUUACCAUCGUCAUGGUCAUUGUGCUGCUCAACAUGCUCAUUGCCAUGAUUACCAACUCCUUCCAGAAGAUUGAGGAUGACACGGAUGUGGAGGUCCACUCGCUCCACGCUCACCUGUCCUACUUCCGGGAGCGCCUGACGCUGCCUGUGCCCUUCAACAUCCUGCCCUCCCCCAAGGCCCUCUGCUACCUGCUCAGGAGAAUUUUCCGCUUCAUCUGCUGUUGCUGUUCCUGCUGCCAAACCAAGAAGCCAGACUAUCGGCCAGUCCCUACCUACGCCAAUCCCGGGGCAGGGGCAGGGCCUGGGGAAGGAGAGAACGGAUCCUACCGCCUCUGAGUCAUCAAGGCCCUGGUACAGCGCUACAUAGAGACAGCCCAGCGGGAGUUUGAGGAGACCAGGCAGAAAGACCUGGGCAACAGACUGACGGAGCUGACCAAGACUGUGUCUCGCCUACAAAGCGAGGUGGCUGGUGUGCAGAGGACUCUGGCAGAGGGAGGGACACCCCGAACACCCGAAGGUGCCCGCAUCCUCAGUCGCUAUAUCACCCGAGUGCAUAACAGCUUCCAGAAUCUGGGCCCCAUCCCUGAAACCCCAGAGCUGACAGUGCCAGGGAUUGUGGGGACCCAGAUACCUUCAGAAACUGGGCUUAAGGAUGCUGGAGGGUCUAGGACUCCAGCUUCUGGAGAGUCUGGCCCUUCCUCCCCAGCUCACGUGUUAGUGCACAGGGAGCAAGAAUCAGAGACAGCAGGGGACUUGCCCCAGGAGAAAGAUUUGGGGAUCAAGGGGGGGUCCUGA